GGGCUGCUAGUAUGGUGCGGUCAGGAUUUGCAUGAAAAAAGCAGUGUCGCUGAUAAAUGCAAUAGAUAUAGGAAGAUUUCCACGAUUGCUCACCCGAAUUCUUCAAAAACUGCACCUGAAGGCUGAGAACAGUUUCAGUGAAGAAGAGGAAGAAAAACUUCAAGCUGCAUUUUCUCUUGAGAAACAAGAUCUUCACCUAGUUCUUGAAACAAUAUCAUUCAUUUUAGAACAGGCAGUAUAUCACAAUGUGAAGCCUGCAGCUUUACAGCAGCAGUUAGAGAACAUUCAUCUUGCACAAGACAAAGCAGAAGCAUUUGUCAAUACUUGGUCUUCCAUGGGUCAAGAAACAGUCGAAAAAUUCAGGCAGAGGAUUCUCGCUCCCCACAAGCUAGAGACGGUUGGAUGGCAGCUUAACCUUCAGAUGGCUCACUCUGCUCAAGCAAAACUAAAAUCUCCUCAAGCUGUAUUACAGCUAGGAGUGAGCAAUGAAGAUUCAAAGAAUCUGGAGAAAGUUCUUGUGGAAUUCAAUCACAAGGAGUUGUUUGAUUUCUAUAACAAGCUAGAGACCAUCCAGGCACAGCUGGAUUCUCUUACCUGAUGUUCCUGAAGACCGCUUUCCCCAUCACACUCCUGCCACUUCAUCAUUUUGCUUUGAAGACAGACUGCCAGGUUGUGUUUUCUGAAGGAUUCAGUAGUUUUCUUCUUGUAAAUUAUAUGGUUUAUCACUUCUUAGACAAAUAGUAGCUAAAGGAAAUAAUUUUCUGAGGACUAAGAUUCUAAUAUACAUUCUCUAGUUCCAUGAGCCAACAGCAAGCAAGCAAUUGUUAAGAAUAAUCUUGCUUUCAAAAAAACAAAAGUGAACACCAUAUUGUUUUUAC